AUGUCGCCCUCACCAGCGGCCUCUCUCACAAACUCCGACGCUCCUUCCAAACGCCCUCCAACACCAGCCAAAGAUCUUGAAUACGGCCGACCCUCCCGACCAACAACACAGCAAACGCACUAUACGCAACAACCAUCUCAACGCCCAUCAAACCACCGUCUCCGCUCCUCUCGUUCCUCCUCCCGUCGCUCCUCCAUUAGCAAGCCGCCCCUUCAUACCGAAAACAACGCAAAUCCUUUCUCUUCCCCCACCAAUGUGCAACCCGCAGCCAAUGGCCACAUAAGCACUCUCGCCCCCCCAAACAGCCUCCCAAACCCCACCCACUUCCCCGGUGACCCAACAAUCCCCAUCCAAGAAGGAAAUCUAGACCUACAACAGCCUGAUCCGAACACCCUCCCAUUCAAUCACCUCCACCCCUGUUAUCCCCACCAAAAUACCCACGUCCCCCUCACCUCCCCCCUGACCACCUCAACCCGCCUAAUCCGCAUCCCACGGGAUUGGGAAAUAGCAGGGGACAUGGCCCCCACCUUCAGCGAAGUAUACCCCGAGAUUCUCGCGCCGUGGGUAAGCGAGCAAGAUUUCCGCACCCUCAUAAACGGCGUGAAUGCCCGGCUCAUUGCCAUUUUCGCUCCCGGUGGCAAGAACGGGGUCGAAGGACUGGGGGGUGGGAUGUAUGGGUGGAGGCAGAUUCUUGACGUGUUGUUGGGGGUGCUGAGUGGCUGGAUUACAGAGGAUUUGGGGCUGACGGCUGUUAAAGGGGGGUUGAGGGAUGUGGAAGGUUUCGUGGAGAGGUGGAAUGGGGAAAGGAGAAUGGAGGGGGGUGCGGGGUUGGGAGGGAUAGGUGGGGAGAAAGGUGAUGAGGGCGAGGACGGGGAGGUAGCGAAGUGUGUGCCAUUACGGAGGACGGGGUAUUUGAGUCUGGAUAUUCAGGUGCCGGAUCCGAAUCUUGAGAGGGUGGUAGAGGAGAGUGUUAAUGGGAGCGUGAAUGGGGCGGGAAAUGUAGGGGAUCGGAAGGAGUGA